AUAAAAAAACUACAUCUUACAGUAUUUCAAUUUCACGCAGUGGUAUGUGGAGUCAUUUUACAGCAAGGAUGAAUAGCGUAAUUCUUGUCCUUGUUUUCGUUUUCGUAAUUCCCUUUGCUGAUGUUAUAACUGUUGAAGAUUCAUCUGAGUCAAAGAUAAGUGCAGUUUACGAUGACGUAGAAAAAGCUGCUCGUAUCAUAAAUGAUUUUCACGAUGUAUUUACUUAUGCUACGAGUAAUUUUGCUCGAUUGAUGCUUCCUGUUUUGUUGAAAAUUACUCAAGAAGUAAAUAUUUCUCGCUCUUGUAUUGAAAGUGGGAUGCGAUUUUUGGACGAUUUAAAGCAAAGUAAAAGCUGGGCAUUAAAAUUGAUUGAUUCUUUUGGGAAACCAUUGGGGAUAUUUACUGGAAAGUUCUGGUACCACGGAAAUUACGAUCAAUGCCUGAAGAUCGAAGUUAAAGACAAUGAAAUCAGCAAAAGAGAUAAAACUAUAAACUCGAUUUAUGGGAAAUUUUGUGCGCUAACUGUCGGAUUUAAUUCGUAUAAAUUUAUUGAUGUGCCAGAAGACAAUAAAACUAGAAAAAUCUUUACAAAUAUCGGAGAAUUUGUUAAACCGCAUUUGCUGAAUAAAGUGCUUGAAAUGGCUGACUUUGCGGAACAUGUAUAUCGUAUGGAUAUUUGCAUACCGAGUACAUGUAAUCGAGAAGAUAUAGAAAAUAUUCUUCAGUGGGCUGUGAAAGAUCCUUACAGAGCAGAAGUAAAGUUCUGCAAAAUGAAAAACGAGAAGGUUCUCUUUUCUACAACUCAAAUAGUUUGCAU